AUGGCUAUAAAUUUUGAUGAUAUGUUUAAAGAGGCUUUGUAUGGUAAAAGAAGACGGCAAGAUAACACACUCAUGGAUAAUUGGAUCAAUGAAUGUUUAUUCGAUGAUUUAGAAGAAGGUAUUGAUAGAAGCUCUAUCUCAACUCCUUAUAGAUGGAUCAACAGAGAUCGAGAAGCAGGACAUGAUUGCCUUUUUCAAGAUUACUUUGCAGAUGAACCGAGGGCCAAUACAAUUGGAAGAAAAGGCUUGUCACCACUCCAAAAAUGCACCGCUGCAAUAUGGAUGUUAGCAUAUGGCGUAGCAGCUGAUGUUGUUGAUGAUUAUGUGUGCAUAUGCGAGAGCACUACAAUUGAAUGUUUGAAAAAAUUUGUUGAAGGUGUAAUUUCGGUAUUCGAGGAUGAAUACUUGCGAAAACUAAAUCCAAAUGAUGUACGACACCUGCUACAAAUGGCGGAUGGUCGUGGCUUUCCUGGCAUGUUGGGUAGCAUUGACUGCAUGCAUUGGCAAUGA